GUUCGUCGUACACGAUGUUUGUACAACUUUGAUAUUCAUCUUCAUUAGCGAUCAUUAACGUUUCAUAUACCCUAACGGGUGCCGAGUAUAGUAGGCGAGACUAACACGAUACUGAUACGGAUUGGUUGCGUGUUAUCACAAUCUUUAUCUGUUUUCUCACCAUUUUCUAUAUUAUCUACGAGUUUUUCAUGGAGAAUACACAUGAUGCACAAUCGCUGGCUUAUCCUUCAGCUUGGACGACCGCGGAUACACCUCGGAUGACCCUGCAACUCCCUACUCAACCCGCCGAUAAAGAAGAAAAAGAUGUGCAACCUCUUGCUCGGAUGAAGGUCGAGUCGGAAUUGUCUCCGUUUCGUCAAUCAGUAGUUAUUGAAGCUCCUCAGCCAACGCCAGCCGAUGUACGAACCAAUUACUCACUGAUACCGGGAUAUGCUCCUCCACUGGAGACAUUCUCACCCUAUACUGUGGAAAGCAUUGGCAUGACUUUGCCGGCUUACUCAAAUAAUUAUAUUUAUCCGCAACCAAAUCUGGGUUUCGCUUCACCACAAGCCCCCUCGCUUAAUGGAAACAUCAUUUUUCAUCCUUAUUCAACAACACCUACGCACUAUGUAGACACCACUAAUACGUUUGAUCUCAAUCCGCAAACCUAUUUCCCACCCACGUCAUCGUCCGAAUGCGUGAAAUGCGGCGAAUCGUGUGGUGAUGCUCACUCGAUCACAGGAGGAUAUGUUUGCGAUAACUGCUAUCUUGAUAUGAACAGACCGACAUAUGCCUUAUAUGCCCCACCGUCUACCGAAACACGACAUCCUACAGAAAUGCCCUCGGCGAAGUCCCGCGGUAACACAACACACAAGAAACCCUCUGCAGCACAAAACUCACAGCGAAGGCAAGGCUUAGUAUGCUCGAACUGUAGUGGAACUAACACAACGCUUUGGAGGAGGAACGCGGAGGGAGAGCCAGUGUGCAAUGCAUGCGGACUCUACUAUAAAUUACAUAAUGUACAGCGACCGAUAACUAUGAAAAAAGAGGGUCAACUGCAAACUAGGAAGAGGAAAGCAAAAGCCGACGGCUCAGCAGCUUCAAAAAAGAGGGACAGAUCAAGUAACUAUACACAAUCCACGCAGGUCAUUCAUGAUCGUGGUACAACCUCGUACCAAACAUUCAGUUCAAUGGGCUUCUCAAAUCAUAUAGAAUCGAACUACCCACAGAUGAACGGCUACUCGACUUCAUGGCAAACUUCCGCAGGACUAGGGUCAGAUUCGAGUCACUCAUCCGCCUUCCACUCCACGUAUCCUUCACCCUAUGCUCCAUCCAUACCGAAGAUCUCGGAGGCUCGACAUAUGGGUGAAGAUGAGACACGCGCCGCAACUCAGGGAUUGGUCGAAGAGACUGCCGAGAGAUCGCCCAAUCCGUAAACUCGGACUGUUAUGUUAAACUGCACAAGUGUUCCUCAACUCAAGCCAAGCUCAGCAAGGUAUACACAGUGAUAUACAUGCUAGAUUCGAUUCGUAUGCUGAAGUGUCAUCAAAAUAAUUUAUUUUCGUUGUAGAUAUCUAGGAUGAAAUUGCACCUAUGAAAUGAUCAUUCAUGGUGCACUCAGGAAAAAACCGAAAGAAAUCUUUAUAAUAUGUUUUCCUUCAAGAGAGCCACAUUUUUUGAUGACGAUGAUUAGUGGUCAUAAUUUGUAUCCAUGUGAUAUCGUUUAUUGUUUUCCCGUCAUUGCUAAGUGAGAAGAAAAAAUGGACAGAGGUAGUGGUAUAUGUACUAUGGCAGCUAAAACACGUCCAUAAUAAAUACUGAUUUUGCCGGAAGCCUUCAACUACUAGGUACUGAUCUGCAACUCCUCCCCCUCCCCCUCUCCCCCAUCAAAUCUGGGGCUGCU